AUGGAACAUGCUGACAUGAAGGGAACCGCGCGUAUCCUGCUUAACGACAAGGAAGUUAACCAGGAGGGGGGCGCACGCAAGGUUAGGAAAUGGUUAAAGGAGCUAGUAAAAAAUGUGUUCGUACAGGAGGACACAGAUGAUGCCUUUCCAUUCAAUAACAAAGCUCUGCAAAACACCUUCUGGGUGUCUCAACUGAUGUUCACCAGGAUAAUCCUAUUGUCCAGUUUCUUCUCGUUCGUUGUGGCAUGGCAACAGAACAUUCCCCUGAUCGGGGAGGAUGGGCUGACUCCAGCAAAGGAUUAUGUGGAGAAAGUGAUGAAGGAUCUACGGCAUGAAGGCAUCUGGGAGAAGUUUCGAAGUUUCCAUUCACUUUUCUGGUUCCUCCCGGUGAGCGAUUUGGUCCUCAUGGCUUUGCCAAUAACAGGCAUGGUACUGUCCAUGAUAGCCAUCCUCUUUAACCAAGUUAACAUAGUGACGAUGCUCCCGAUAUACAUAAUCCAGCAGUCUAUUUACAGCGUAGGUAAUGUAUGGUACAACUACGUGUUUGAGGUGGAGUUGUUGGAGUUGCUUUUUUUAAGUCUUCUUCUGGUACCCCUAUGUAGGAAUCAUCUGAAGUGUAGGUUCUCUAGCACCCCCUUCCUAAGGUACGUAUGUCGUUUCUUCGUCUUCAAGGUGUUGUUAGGUUCCAGCUUAAUAAGGUUCAGGAAUACAGAUUUAUGGGGACACUUGGAGGGAAAGUAUUACCUGUACGAAACACAGCCGCUUCCAUCAAGCAUUGGAUAUAUUUUUCAUGGAAGUUUCACCUUAAGCAAACUGGACAAUCUCUUUUGUAUCCUAACGGAGUGUGUCUUCUCCUUUUUCAUUCUUUUUCCUGUAAGAUCCUUUCGGCUAAUAGGUGGGGGAUUGAUCUUUCUGUACUGCCUACUAAAUUUUGUCACAGGCAAUUCCUACCUCUUUUAUGUUUUGCUGUUGGCUCCUUUAAUGUUUUGCUUCGAUGAUGAGAUGUUGCUCCCUUUUGUUUUCAAGUCGAGGAGGAAUGAAGUGCUAUCUGUGGUGAGGGAGAAGGCGGCACAACUCUCCAGAAGUAGGGGAUACUUCCAAAGCUUCGAUGUGCUCUUUUGUACAGGCUUCAGUGUGGAUGAGGUGAACAAGAUGAAGGAUGCUUAUUUUAGGAUCGAUUCGGAGGGGGUAUCAGAAAAUGUGGAUGAAGUAAGGGGAAAUUUAUGGAAUGGAGCUAACCGGUGGAAUGGAGGAAGUGCUUCGGAUGGAUGGAGUAACACACGAGGAGUACUCGCCCAUACAGAGAAGGAGCAUCUCCUCAACAGGGGCAAUUCCAACCACGAAAUGAAUUUCUAUCCAGAGGAAAACUACAUGGAGUGUAUCAAGAAGGAUGUGAUUAAUGCGCUUCAUUGGAUCUUCUCAAAAAAAGGGCCACAGUAUAUACUGAACAAUUAUAAUACUUCAAAGGAACUGAUUAUCCAUGUGCUUUGUGUCUUCAUCAUGAUCAUAUAUAACAGUUGUGUUUACCUUACUUACUCUACGAGGGAAUCCAUUUUUCAAUUUACAUUUUAUAUCUAUGUAUCUUUAUUCCUUCUCUACAUGGUCUAUCUUUUUUUUUUCACAAAAAAUAUUUUUCCUUGUUUGAUUAGUCAAGUUGGACUUCUCCUCAGUGUUUCGCUCAUCUAUACGAAAUAUAUUUUUGUCCAUGGAUUUUCAGAUGUGUAUUUCUCGAAUUUAUUUUUUUUACAUUUGUUCUGCUUAGUCCUCCUUUCUGUUUUUCAUUUGAGCAAUCAAAGGUUCGUUGUGAAAUACUUAUGCCAAUACUUUUACUUCGUCCUCUUUUUGUACUUCCUGUGCUUCUUCGCGCAGAAUGUGUUGUCUCCAAUGCAGGUGAUGAAUGCAGAGUACGGAAAUUUUCAGCAGAUGAAUGUAUAUGGAUCCUUUGGUCAUAUUAAUAAAGUUAGACAAGAGAUUAUUGUUCGAGCUAGCCAUCCAUCCAACGCGUCUUCUCCAUCAAACCCCCGAUGGGACAACUACGAAUUCAACUGCAAGCCAGACAAUGUAGAAAAGGCCUUGUGUAGUCAGUUCAGACUUGUUUAUGGCUUCCUCCCCGUUUUGUAUGUAGACAGAUUGGAUUGGCAAUUCAACCAACUCAGUUACAGUGAUGAUGAAACUAUUUUACACACUCCAUGGUUUCAGAAGUUCCUGAAAAAACUCGCAACCAACGAUCAACAUGUUCUUUCUCUCUUGUAUAAAACCCCUUCUUUUGUAACCCCUUCUGAGGGGAAGAGCCAUUCCAAUGGGGGUCCUAUCCAUUUGACCGUUUCCCGUGAUGUAUACAGAUUUUCUCCACAGGGAGAAAAGAUUGCCUGGUGGGAAGUUGUCUCCUCGCGGGUAAUCCUUGAACAGAAGAGACACCUCUCAUUAAAUAGUGCCUUUAUCAGAACUGGCGCGCACAAUCGGGUGAAUCGUCCAGAUGAACAAAACAAGCUCCUCCACAUAGGGGGAUUUCCCGUCGUUGAACAUAGGCAUAGGUCUGUAUCCCGAACUAGCUAUUAUAUCCCCACGGAUGAAGACACUUCAGGGAAGGCAAUGUUAGGAAAAAUGAUGGAGCGGAACAACAUAAGGAAGAAGAAGCGUUCAUUUUAUCAACAGGGGAGAAUGUACGUGGAAGAACCCGUGGAGAUAGAGAAAGAGUCACUAAGCAAGAAGAUACGAAAGAAGAAAAAAAAUAGAUAUGCACAAAAGAAAAAAAAAUUCUUCAGGCAGAAGAAAUUACAUGAGUUGAAAACAGAGGCAGAAGAAAAGGAUUCUAUGGCAGAAAUGGACCCUACGGCAGAAAUGGACCCUAUGGAAGAGGAACAGAUGAUGGAGGGUGUUGAGAAAAGUGGAAGGGAAGGCGAAGAGGAAACCUCUCCACAGUUGGAAGAAGACAUGCCAAUCAACACAAAGAACUUUGUUGUAGGAGCUGAUCAAGAUAAAGUGAUAAUGGACGACGCAGAAAAAUCGGUCGAUGGGGAAAACCUUUUUUCCGCGGUGGAGAAGAUGGAGGCAGAAAGAGAUCGGACAAGUAAGGAAGAAGCAAAGAAGAGGAAAUACAGAAUGGGGGUUGGGAUGAGGGAAAAAAGAAGUUCAAGCAUGGUCCUUCCAAGUAUCCUGUCACUCAACGGGGUUUUGCCAAGUAUAAUGUCGCCAAGAGGAGUACUCUCCCUGGAUGGAGCAAUACAGAAGGAGAUGGAUGAGGCCAUCCAAAAUUCCUACAGACAAUAUGGACUGCUUAAUAAUUUUUCCCGUAAAAUGACAAAAUUGGGGUUUGCCAACCAUGACCAGGGGAGGAGUCGGUAUGGAGAGAUUAAGGAGUUGCUUUCCAAGCGUCGACAAGAAGACACACACAAGGGUACCUAA